CUCCCCCCGCGGGGCGGCCGGCGAAUGGGCGGCCGGCAAGGGGCGCCGCGGAUGAAUUCGGGGCUCGGCCGGCCGCGCCUGGAGCGCGGGGUGUUUGAGGGGCUGCCGCGCUGCUCCGGCAGCGACCGUUGUCGCGGGCGCCCCCCGCUCCGCCCAUGGCCUCCCCGCUGCAGGACCCCGUCUUGAUCCGGCCUCUCCGAGGCCACAGAGCGGCGGUGACGGGCGUCGCCUUCAACUCGGAUGGCGCGGGGCUGGCUACCUCCUCUUUGGAUAGGUUUCUUAUGGUGUGGAAGCUGAAGACGCAAUGCAGAGUUUACAAAUUUGUAGGCCAUGCGGAAGCGGUGACCAGCGUACAGUUCUCACCAGAUGGGCAGCUCCUUGCUUCAGCUUCUCAAGAUCGUACUGUCAGACUAUGGAUUCCUUGCAUUCAUGGAGAAUCAUCAGUACUGAAAGGUCAUACAGCAUCUGUUCGUAGUGUGAACUUCUCGCAUGAUGGCCACUUUCUAGUUUCAGCAUCCAAUGAUAAAUCAAUAAAAAUAUGGAGCGUUCGCCGUCAGAGCCUUUUGUUUUCCCUAUUUCAACACACUCACUGGGUUCGCUGUGCCAAAUUUUCACCUGAUGGAAGACUAAUAGCAUCUUGCAGUGAGGAUAAAUCUGUUAAGAUCUGGGACACAAGAAAUAAAACUUGUAUUGAUAGCCUCUUAGAUUAUGGAGGAUUUGCAAAUUUUGUGGAUUUCAACCCAAGUGGUACAUGUAUAGCUUCUGCAGGUUCCAAUCAUACAGUGAAACUGUGGGAUAUUCGAAUGAACAAGUUACUGCAGCAUUACAAAGUUCACAGAGCAGGGGUUAACUGUGUAUCGUUCCAUCCUUCUGGUAACUAUCUCAUCACUGCUUCUACUGAUGGUACCGUUAAGAUUUUGGAUCUCUUAGAAGGAAGACUUAUUUACACUCUUCAUGGACACAAGGGACCUGUACUUUCUGUGGCUUUUUCAAAAGGUGGUGAAAAAUUUGCCUCAGGUGGAGCAGAUUCUCAGGUAUUGCUAUGGAAAACCAACUUUGAUUCAUUUGAUUAUAAAGAAGUUCUUAAACACCACAUUAGAAGAACACACAUUGAUGAUCCUCCUCAUCUUCUUGAUAUUUACCCAAGGUCACCUCAUCUCCAUGAUGAAAAACUUCAGUCAGUUGAGGUCAACCCUAACUUUGAUGUGACUAAUACACAAACACUUGACCCACCUGUCAUAGAGAUUAGUUCGUCUUCCACUUUCAGUACUCUGGAUGAUGUCAGCAGUGAAGAUCUGCAGCAUCCCCCUGCUUCAGUCUUGGCAACAAGUUCAAAAAGGGAGUUGGAGAAUGAGGGCGAAUCAGCUGUGCAUAACAUGGACAAGCAAACGGGCAUCUCCCCCUCCCUGGGUAAUGCCUUGGAGCACAUUGUGGAGCAGCUGGAUGUUUUAACUCUAACUAUUUCAAUCCUGGAACAACGUCUGACUUUGACUGAAGAUAAAUUGAAAGAAUGCUUAGAAAAUCAGCAAAAAAUGUUACUUGAGGGAAGACAGGAAGAAUAAAAGAUGAAAAUGAACUAUAUUGAUGAAUAUGUUUCACAUAUUCACAAGGAAAUAAGAAAUGUUACUUCAUUGGAUUUUGCUAUAAGGAAAAAACGAUUCCUCCUUUUCUAACAAGUCAAUGUAAUAAAAACUGAAGAAAAAAAAAGUACAACACAUUUUAAACAUCGGGAGCAAGCAGAUAUUCUGGUUAUAUGUUUAAUAAAGUGUAGCCUGGACCAAACUAAUAUUUUCUAAAAUCAUUCCCAUUGAACAUUACAGAACUCUUAUUUCAACCUAAUAAGAUCUUUGAAUACAACUAAGCAACAAACUACGCAUUUCUAGAUGAGUAGCAUUUAUUAUGGAAGUGCUCUCCGUAGGUUUUUUAAAUCAGGUAAGGAUUGUGAAAAUAAUGCUCUUUGUGAUAAGCCAAUGUUACUCAAGCACCUAAAUGAAAUAAGACCUAAUUAGUCCUGACUCCAAAAAUGCCAGAGGUUUUCUUUGUCCCUUACAUAAUUUCAAAUAUUUUUACCAAAAAAGUAGCUUCUGAACACUUUAGUGGAUUGCAAGAAAAUGUAGUGUAAAAACUUUUAGUUACAAAUAUGAAAAUGAAGUCACUUAAGCUUCGAAACUGGCAUUGCAUCUGUGUAAAUUCAGCUGCAAGACUGACGCAGCCGAGUACCUCUGCUUAUCUCAUCCCCAUCAAAAUUCAUUCUUCAUAUUUAGAAAAAUAAAAAUCAGCUUCAUACUUCUGGGGAAUAUAUUUGAACCAAACACAAAAGGAUGGGAAA